AUGGUGCACGGAGGCGGGUUUGUUAUGAACAACCCGUCGGUUGACGAUCCCCUAGCACGCUUCCUGGCAGAUACUUGCAAAUGUAUUGUCGACAAGGUCAUCCUGUGCGGAUCUUCAGCCGGCGGUAACUUGGUUCUUGCUGCUGGUCAAGACUCUCGACUUCGUCAAAAGUUGCUGGGAAUUGUUGCUCUCUAUCCCGUAGCAAGUCUCAUUCCUACCGCGGAGGUUCAAAUGGCCACGCGUCCAGAUGCCAGUGUCCCGGAUUACAUAGGACCUAUGUGGAACGAUGUACUGGAUAUCUAUGCAAGCACAACGGACGUUGCGGUUUUUGAGGGCCCAGGCCUAGUCCAACGAAUCCCGAGAAGCGCAGUGAUGGCCGAUAAACUAAUCGCGGCAACUGCUUCCAACUGUGAAAAGACAUCAGAUGGUCAAACAACCGGAGGUGUAUGCUGGACUCUUAUUCAAGGACAGCCUCAUGCUUUUGACCAUUUUGCAGCGAAAAGUGCAGAAAAGGAGGUCAAGAGAGUACGUGACCGAGAUUCGAUGUAUCGGGAUAUUGCGCAGUGGGUCAAAUAUGUUUCUGGUACCGUGUAA